ACCGCCGCGGCGACCGACGGGUUGCGGGCUGCCUCGAGAGCGAUUUUAUGCCUGCGACGGUUUUUUAGGGAUUUUUUUUUUCCUUUUGCCGGGACGGGUUCUAUUCAAGGGCAGCGAUGCCCGCCGUUUGCACGAGGCCCGCGGGCAGUGGCGAGGACGAGCUGCCCGGGGCAUUGCUCACCCCCUGCGCGCCGGCAUCCCGGCCGCAGCCGCGGGAGCUACUUCGGGUAGAUAUUUUACCAGCACCUUGGCAAGGUGCUCCGGAAUUACCCUCUGGAAGAAUGGGACGCCAGAGUGCCAGGAGGGGUGCGGCGUUUCUCCGGCUUGGCGGAAGGGGAGGAAGCCCCGGUCCCGAACCGGGCAAGACCGGCUUCCCGCUCCUGCCGCCCGCUCGGCGGCGAGAACACGGUCCGUUCCACGAGCUCCCGCGGCGGCAGCGGUUGCCUGCGAGACCCGCAGGUACUUCGUGGCCGAGAGUCACGUCUCGCCGCCGCAGUGAGUUCAGCUCCGCCCGACUAUCGCGGGUACCGAUUAAUCACUGAAAGUCGUUAAAAGGAUCCCGCUGGCCGCGGGGAUGUUUCGCGGCAAGCACAGCCCGCUGUGCGCGGGGAGCUGCCCUCCGCGUGAUGCCUGCUGUCCCGCGUGGGUCAGGGCUCGUUUCCCCGGGUUGCACCUGCUGCCCGACGCUUUCUCUCUCGCCCUCUGUUUUUCCUCAUUUUUUCCUCCCCCUUAUCCCUUCCAGAAAUUAAUUCCUUCUUCCCUCAGCAAAACGAAAAAAGGGCAAGGAUAGACAGAGCAGCACCCCGGGCCCGGGGCGGGCGGCAGCCCCCGUCGUGCGGGGCCGGUGCUGGAGCAAGCGGCUACGCGUAACCCCCGGCGUGGUGGUCCGUGUGCCACCUUCAGCGCCUGGCAGGGGAGCCGGAAUACCUGUUAGAAAUAGCAAAUGAUGUCUUCCCCCACCUUCCUUUCUUCUCCUACCCCCUACGCGGCGCACACGGCUUUGUGACAUUUCUUAGGGGAAUGAUCAUUACCUCAAUGGCAGAGCCGGGAGCCAAGUGGAAAGGCCGUCGUCACGAAAGAGUGACAUUAUUAAAUAUCUCGCGUGUUUUGGCUCAGGACUUCGACCCGUCCCCUCGGUGCUUCCCCGGGGGCCCGCCCCAGGUCUCUGCCCGCAGCGGCCAAGCCCGGACUCCGCGUCCCCGUUGCUUAUUUCUAAGAAACUCCCAGCAGCUGCGGACACGCUAACGCUGAUAAAGAGAAAAUGGGAAACAUUCAGCAAACUUCUGUUUUCCCACACAGCGGGAUCCAGUAAAAACAGAACGAUCUCUUAGGAAAUACCUGGAGCUUCUUGCUGACCAGGGAAAUACCUUUUCUUCUUUUUCCCCCUGAAAUGUGUUUGAGGCUGCCAGUGGUUUGUUUUGGUUUUGGUUGUUUGGUUUUUGUAUGGUUGGGGUUUGUUUGGUUGGUUUUGUCUUCCUCCUCCUUGCCGCUGUGAGUUGCAGGACACUCUUCGGGUCAGAUUUUUCGAGCCGGGGACCGAGCAGCGCUCGCCAUCCCUGAGUGCGCGGCCGCCGCCUGCCCGCGGCCCCCGCUUCGUCCACCCAUACCUCAGCCCCUUGGCGGCCACUGUCCCCCCAGGAGCCGGCCUUCAAAGUGCCUUCUUGUGCGGGAUUUCGUGCUGGGGACCCGCCUGUGUAACCCCCCUAUCCGAAACUCGCCUUUUACUCCAAAAUGCAAGAAGCCCCGGAGAGCGGCAGCAGCGCCAGCGUCAGCAACUCCUUCUCCAGCCACCCCGCGACCAGCAUCAAGGAGGAAGACUGCAGCCCCGAGAAGGAGCGACCCCCCGAGGCCGAGUACAUUAGCUCCCGCUGCGUCCUCUUCACCUAUUUCCAGGGGGACAUCAGCGCCGUGGUGGACGAGCACUUCAGCCGGGCGCUCAGUCAGCCCAGCAGUUUCUCGCUCGGCAGCGCGAAAGUGGCGCGGAACGCCGGCUCCUGGCGCGAUGGCUCCUUCCCGAUGAGCCAGCGCAGCUUCCCCCCAUCCUUCUGGAACAGCACGUACCAGCCUUCCUCGGUCCCAGCCACUCUGAGUAGCCCCCUGGCCGCUGCUGCCCACAGUGAGCUGCCCUUCGCCACCACUGACCCCUAUGCACCCGCCUCUCUGCACGGACACCUGCACCAGGGUGGCCCCGAGCCCUGGCACCAUGCCCACCACCACCACCACCACCACCCCUACAUCGGGACACAGAGCACUGCUUACCCCCGCCCUGCCGCCAUGCACGAGGUCUACGGGCCCCACUUCGACCCCCGCUACGGCUCGCUCCUGGUGCCCACCGCCUCCGUCCGCCCUCACCGCCUCACCCCCGCCUCUGUGCCCACACCGGUCAGCCCCCCCUGCGAACUCGGCAAGAGUGAGGCAGGCACCGCUGCGGCCUGGACAACACCAGGACCCUUUCCCAGCGCAGCGGGGGACAUGACACAGAGCCUCAGCCUCAAUGUGGAUGCAGGUUUGCAGCCUCAGGAUAAAAGCAAGGAUCUAUACUGGUUUUAGAGCUGUCCUUCACUCUUCUUCCCCUGGCUCUCCCCUGUAGAUCUCUGCCUGUUAGACAUGGUGGCAUUCGGAGCUGAAAUCGGGUCAGUUUGUAACAGCUUCUGAUCUUGGUUUGCAGCUCGCCGUUACUCCUUCUGUGGUGGAUCCCUUCUGAGCUGAUGUGCUGACACAAAGACUCCCAGAUCCCCCCUUGCCCUUUUCCAAGCCCACUGUGGCCCUGCAGCUUGGGGAAAGACAACAGGACUUAAAAGGACCUGGCAUUGCAAGGAUGAUACUUCAGACUUAUUUUGGAGAGGAAGAUCCUGUUGUUGAGAGAGGAGAGCCAAAGACAUUGAAGUUCUAUUUAAGCAGAGCCCAUACCCAGAACUGCAGUCAGUCUACUCUAAAAGAGUUAAAUGACAUCAUGGAUGGUGAUGCAAAACCACUGGCCUUCGUACAGGGGUCAGAGGAAAUCAUGGGGGCUUUUUCGUAGUGGUAUGAAUAUUUUUUUAUGGCAGUGAAAAUUAUUUCUCAAAUGCAAACAUGGGAAAGCUACUUAGCAGUCUUGAACUGGAUUUAUACUUUACAUUAUAGAAAAGUAAAAGGAGAAGAAACUGGAACUCAUUAACAUUUUUGAAUUAUCAAGGAACUGUUCAGGUUUUUCAGCUUUGUGGUUGUGAGUGGCAAGUGUCUGGCUGGGGCCACCUGCCCCGGGCUUACAGAGAUGCAGCUGUUCCACGCACAACUGCUCAGACCCCAGAAAGACAAAAAAGCAAGGUGGCACUUCUCAGACUUUGGCACAACAUUUGCAUUGGAUAUAAAACAGUUGUUUGGUUGUGGUUUUUUGGUUUUGUUUUUUACAAGAAACAUUUUCUGGUGAAAGAAACGCCCCCUUUAAAGCAGGGGAAGGAAACAUGUGAAGAACUGCUUGCCCUCAACCCAGCAGCCUUUACGAGGAACAUCUGAAGGAAAGGCACAUAGUGGACAAUAGGUCUGAGUUGCCUCUAACAUUUCUCUUUGUCUUCUUGUUGCUGUCAUUUUGUCACUUUAAUAGUUGUUUUGUUUUGUUUGGGUUUUUUUGAAGGAGGAAUAAGGUAUCUAUUUAACAGUAGAAAAGCUGUAUUAAAGGUAUCUCCUUCUUUCACCCUGUGUGCUUUUAUGAAGAAUUAAAUUAAAUAAGAGAAAUGAAACAUACUGGAAGCUUCAGGAUGAAACAGGAAAAAUGCCUAUGAUGUGGAUUAAGUGAGUUAUUUUAUUACUUUGCAUUAAAAAUAAAUAGAAAUUCUA